AUGGCUAUCGGCCUCCUGGUGAUUCCCGAGUCGCCGAGGUGGCUUCUCGAGCACGGCCAUAGGGACAGGGCCCUGAAGUCGCUGCUGUGGCACCGACCAUACGGCCAGGCGGAGGCAGAGGAAGAGCUCAAAGACAUGCAAGAGGCGCUGGAGGGAGAGAUGCGGACAAAGCAGAACGCUGCCAUCAAAGACAUGUGGACACAUCCUGUGGACCGCAGGAGAACUGUCUUGGCAGUCUGCGCUAUCACGCUUCAGGGCGCCUCUGGUGCAAUGUACAUGAUAGCUUAUGGCACCUACUUCUUCGAGAUGGCCAACAUCGGCAACAGCUUCGAGAACUCAUGUAUUCUGACGGCCGUUGGUGUCUUCGCUAUCAUACUCAACAGUGCCGUCGUCACCCACAUCGGCCGCCGGCGCGUCUUCCUUACCGUUGGCUUGUUUAUCUGCGGGUUGUCCCAGCUCCUGACAGCUAUCAUCUACACCAUCCGGCCGGGGACCCAGUCGACAGGCAAAGGAAUAGUUGCACUCGCAAUCAUAUACAUAUUCGGCUACAAUGGAAUGGUGGCCACGUACGCCUGGAUUUCGGGAGGAGAGUUGCCAUCGCAGCGGCUGCGGUCCUACACCUUUGGCCUCGCGACAGCCGUCGGUUUCUUCGCCGCCUGGCUUGCGACAUUUACUGCGCCCUACUUCAUCAACCCGGAGUCUCUGAACUGGGGACCAAAGUAUGGCUACAUCUGGACGCCUUCUUGCUGGCUCGCAGCUGCAUGGGUAUUCUUUUUCCUUCCAGAGGUCAAAGAUCGGUCACUUGAGGAAAUCGAUGAGAUGUUCGAAGCGCGUCUUCCCGCCAGAAAGUUCCGCCAGUAUGUCUCCGUCGGUCGGGCUGGCCGCGAGGCGGAGAAGAAGGAAGCAGAGGUCGUACACGCGGAGGAAGUCGUUUGGGCCGAUGGAAAGGCCGCUUCCGAAGCUGCCACGGCCAUCGCUUGA